GUCACUGUCAACAAAUCGAACAGACCCCAUUACUUGUAGUUUUGCCAAAUUUAAAUAAAUUGUUUAUUCAUAUUGCAAUAGAAUUUUACUUAAUUAAUCAUUAAUCAUCGUCAAACAUUUAAACAAUAAUUAAAAAUGCUACUCCUAAAAGACGGGUCUGAUUCGAUAAAUUUGGAAGGAUUCACGGCAAUUGUUCCAAGCAUUGGCGUUGGAAACGCCGGUCAACUUGCAUGUGAUCUAAUCAUCUCAACUCUGCAGUUAAAAAGAAUUGGAAACAUUUGGCAUCCAGCUUUAAUUCCGAUUGCUGGACCAUCUGCCUUCCAACAUGAUUCCCAAAACAAGGCAGCUUCAUGUGAAGUUUACAUUGAUGAGUCAAAAAAACUUCUUGCUAUCCAAUUACGUUCGCCACUCAUAUCCAAACAUCUUGAUGAUUUCCAUACUAAUUUGGUUAAUUUGUUUCAAAAAUGUUCUCGAGUGAUAAUUCUAACAAGUAGCUUUGGCUACGAAAAGCACACAAUAGAAGCCAGUCCAUUCGAAUACAUUGCGAAUAAUGUAUUCAAACAAAAUCAUGCCGACCGACUGGGAGAACUGAAAUGGACCGAAUUCUCGGGUGAAGUAGUGCAUGGUGGGGGUAAUGCUGUUAAAUUGUACAAGGCUCUAGAUGCUUCCAAUGUUCCUGCUCUAUUGCUGUUUAAGUAUGUUUUGGAGGGAGAUAACUCUAUGGAUGCUUCACAACUCGUUAAGCAAUUAGACGAAUUGAUGGAACAAGAAUUAAAAAUAAGUACUGUUAAUGGUUUGAAACUGACAGUCCCAGUUUCGUGGAAACUUUUAUAUGGUAAUGAAGUUGGAGAUUUGAUCUUCUAGAAUAUGUUUUUAUAGAGUAAUAAAAAAGGGUGCAGAGUCUUAAA